AUGGCAGGGCACGGGGAGCUCAACCGCAUCAUCAAGGACCUGCAGAAGACUGUGUCUGAGCUGAACCACAGCUACAGGGAGCAGAACGUGCCAGUGACAGAUGGGAGCCGGGAGCUGCACAGCCUCUGUGCCCAGUUGGAGUUCCUCCUCCAGUUCGACCUCAAGGAGAAGAGGAGCUUCCUUGGGCAGCGUAAGGACUAUUGGGACUUCUUGUGCCAGGGCCUAGCACGGGGCCGGCAGGAGCACGAGGGUGUUCGCUUCGUCACCUCCCUGGACAAGCUGAAGACUCCAGUGGGCAGGGGCCGAGCCUUCCUGCGGUACUGCCUGGUGCACCGGCAGCUGGCAGAGUCCCUGCAGCUCUGUCUCCUAGACCCUGAGAACCUCCGUGAGUGGUACUAUGCCCGCAGCCCCUUCCUGAGCCCCCAGCACCAGGGGGAGAUCCUGGGCAGCCUCUACGAGCUGGACAGUGUCACCUUCCACCUGGCCCUGCACAGAGCUGACCUGGACACUGCCUGGCCCAUGUACUCUGAGACACUGGUACGGCCCAGUCAGGUGGCAGGAAGCAGGCCAGAAAAGACUGCCCCACAGAAAGAUGAAACCACUGCCAUGGCACAUGGAUGUCCCGGUGGCAUCAACCAUCCCAACACGGCACCCCAUGGAGUGCCAGCUCACCUGUGCCCCCCCACCUUGGCUGCCCUAUGGGUCGAGAGUGCAGAGGUGGAGGAUGUGGAAAGGGAUGUGGAGGAUGUGAAGGGAAAGAAGGAUAUGGAAGAGAAAGAUGAAGAAAAGGUGGAGAAGGAUCAGAAAGAGAAUGAGGAGGAGGAGGAAGUGGAGGUGGAGGAGGAUAUGGAAGAAAAGGAUGAAGAAGAAUUGCAGGAGGAUGAGAAGGAUCUGAAGGAUGUGGAGGAGCUGGAGGAUGCACACAGCACUGGUAAAGCACUCCAGAUCUAUGGUGAUGGGGAGCCUGGUAUGUCACCACCACUCAGCACGGGUUGUAUGCCAGGCUCCCCACCACCGGUGUGCAGACAGCUAAGUGGGACAGAGGCAUCCCUGCAGGUGCUGGUGUCCCAGCUGCAGACCAAGCUGCGGCAGCAGGAAGAAGCAUUGCAGGCACUGGCAGCCCAACUGGCACAGGAAAAGCAUUGGAACCAGCAUCAGGAGGAGAGCAGUGCCCAGCAGGCCCAGCUGCAGGCACGUGAGGCCGAGGCACUGCGGGAGACCAACAUCUUCCUGGAGCAGGCACUGGCAGAGGCAGUGGCAGCAGGGGAACCAGGGGCACUGGCACAAGCACAGGAGGAGGCACAGGCCUGGCAGAAAUUGGCAGAGGAGCGAGGUGCCCAACUGGCUGGGGCAUUGGCAAAGGUGGCAGCACUGACCUCACGCCUGUGGGACUGUCAGGCAGCACUGGCUGCUGCGGGACAAACAGACACACUGGAUGACACCAGUGCCCUGCAUGAAGUGGGCACCAUUGAAAACGUGCUGCAGCAGGCACUGGAGCUUGCCCGUGGCCCCCAGGAGCCCCCAGUGGACCACCAGGCAGAGGGGAAGCAUGGUACAGUCACCAGCAUGGCCAUGCACUUGGCCACUCUGGCUGCCACAGCAUGGAAAGAGGCCCAGCAGAGCCAGCAGCAGCUCCAGGCCCAGCAGCAGGAGGUGGCAUGGCUGCAGGAACAGCUCAGCAGGGCUCGGCAGGAUGGGGAGCGCUGGGCAUCGGCACUGCAGCGAGUACAGAGGGAGAGCCUGGAGCGGGAGGCCACGCGUGGUGCCGAGCAGGCGCGGCAGCAGGAGCUCAUCCGUGACAUGAAGGGGCGGCUGCUGGAGCUGCUGCGGGAGAAGGAUGCCUUGUGGCAGAAGACAGAGGGCAUUGACACACCAACACCCAGCCCAGCACCUCGUGAUGCAGGGCUGUGUGCCUGCUGCCACAAGGAUUUCCGUCUCCUCUCCCGGCGCUACAACUGCAGGCUGUGUCACGGCAAGGUGUGUCAAACAUGCUCUGUGGACAUGGGAAAGCAUGGGCGCUGCUGCCUGCUUUGCUAUCAGCAUGGGCAAUCACAGGCUCCGUGA